AUGGCAAUGCUUGUGAGCGAGGAUUCUCCUGAAGAUGAAUCAGAAUUGUUAUCCAAGGAUAGUGCACCGCCGUCCGCACAACACCCACCAAAAUUGGCCAGCGAGGAGAGCUUGAGUUCGGAUUCUGAAGAUUCAUCAACCAGCUGUUCUGAUGCUACCUCGCCCAAGAACCCGCCUCCCCCGCAACCUUCAUCGAUCCCCCCAAAUCGAGAUGGAAGGGCUGGGCUCUACCGAAAAGGGCUAGUGGCGGGCAGAAGAAAAACAUUACCUGACCAAGCAAGCAGGCCAUUCCAAUAA